GGGGUGGGUUUAUAAACUGUAGCAGCGUCAAUCCUUACAGAUUUAGUUUACAAGUUGAUAACUCUACUGCUGUAAUUGUGUUACAGCAAUCUCCUUGCGACCAGACAUCAGAAUCUGCACAUCAGAGACCAGAGACUAGUUUUGAAUAAAAUAAAUUAAAACUAGUUUCCAAUGAAGAAGGCAGUGUUGUUUAGUUUGUGGGGUGGUGUUGUUACACCCCAUCUUACUCAGACAUUUCAGAAGUUUGAAGAAACUGCUGGUAUUUCGAGGGGUUUCAUAAAGAAUGUGAUUGCAAAACUUGGCAGUGAGAAUGCACUGUAUCGCUUGGAGAAAGGAAAAGUCACUCUAACUCAGAUGAUUCCUGAGUUUGAAGCUGAGUGUCAGAAGGUAGCGGCCGAUCAGGGACUGUCUUUACCUGCACAGUUCUCAGCUCAGAAGCUUUUCAGUGACGUUGGGCGGGUAGAAUUCAAUAAGCCGGUUCUUGAUGCUGCAGCUGUCCUCCGUCGUCAUGGCAUUGCUACCUGUGUCCUGGCCAAUAUCUGGGUGGAUGACACUGAUCAGAGAGACGGCGUCGCUAGGAUUCUCUCCGUAUUGGAGAGCCGUUUCGACCUGGUUGUGCGAUCUUGCUACGCUGGUGUCAGAAUCCCAGAGCCAGAUAUCUUUACCAAUGCCCUCGAGAAACUUGCGGUUAAACCUCAAGAAGCAGUCUGGCUGGAUGUGGAUGAAGAAAGUGUCAAGGCAGCUGAAGUUUUGGGAAUGACGGCUGUUCAAGUCAAGGACAUCAUUGAGGCUCUUAAGGAAAUCCAGAAGCUUACAGGAAUAGAGGUCACCAGUGAUCUCCAGCCACCCUCUUGUGAUCCUGAAAAUGUCUCUCAUGGAUAUGUGAAUAUUAAGCCUGGCGUGAGGAUCCACUAUGUGGACAUGGGAGACGGACCGCCUGUUCUCCUGUGUCAUGGCUUCCCUGAGAGUUGGUUUUCCUGGAGGUAUCAGGGUGUCGCAGAGGCUGAACUGGAGAAAAACCUUGAGCGAACCUUCAAACUGAUGUUCAUUGCAAGUAAUGAAACUGGUGUCGCAGAGGCUGAACUGGAGAAAAACCUUGAGCGAACCUUCAAACUGAUGUUCAUUGCAAGUAAUGAAACUUUUGGUCUUUCUGCUCCGCAGGGCAUUCCUCAGGUCACUCUGGUGGGUCAUGACUGGGGCGGUGCUCUGGUGUGGAACAUGGCACAGUUUCAUUCUGAGAGAGUGAGGGCCGUGGCGUCUCUCAACACACCCAUUUUUCCUGUGGAUCCAAAAACAAAUCCAAUGGAGAAACUCAAGGCCAUGCCGAUCUUUGAUUACCAGAUCUAUUUUCAGAAGCCUAAAUCAUUUCCUAGCACCGCUGGAGUCUGCCAGAGAGGUGGAUUGUUUGUGGGGUCACCUGAUGAUCCGGCCCGCAGUGCUAUUCUGAGCAAGUCUGCGCUGCAGUACUAUGUUCAGCAGUUCACCAAGAGCGGCUUCAGGGGUCCUCUGAACUGGUACCGUAACGGGGAGAGGAACUGGCGUUGGAUGUGUUCCAGACCGAGGGGCAAGAUCAUGAUGCCAGCUUUAAUGGUGACCGCAGGAAAGGACCCUGUUCUUCUGCCAGCCUUUGCCACAGGCAUGGAGAACCUGGUCCCCAACCUCACCAGAGGCCACAUUGAGGAGUGUGGACACUGGACUCAGAUGGAGAGGCCUGCAGAGCUCAAUAAAAUCCUCAUCUCCUGGCUGAAGGAAACACACCAGAAAGCCUCCAUCCCUGUUCAUCCCAAGUUAUGAGAGCAUGAUCUUGAUUUUAACUAUCCGCGGGUGAAUGAACGCCCGGCUAAAGCGCACUAAUGUCCAGGCUUGCUGAUUGCAUAAUAAUAGUCCAUUGUGAGUGGAUUUCAGUAGUCCAGUACUUUUCAUAUGAAGUCUUUUGUAAUACAUUGCAAUAAUGAAGAACUGUUUUUUAAGGCAAUGUCUAUUUAUACUGUGCAAAUAGCACAAGCUACUUUUCACUUGCUCAUAUAUUUCAGCUUUAGUUCAAUCAUUUCUGUUUACAUUUCCUGUGAACAGCAUCUGUUACUGUUUGCACUUAGUGUACGUAGCCGCUGCCUUUUUUAACGCAACACUGAAGAAAAUAACGUUUUAUUAUGAUUUUUUUAUUAACAGCUUUGCUUCGCAAAAGAUAACCAAUAAAUAAUCCUUUGCAUUGUAA